UUGGAUGACCACUACCUCACCAAUAUACACCAUAUAUACAUACAUAUUUAUAAUAAGCUCGGACACCAUUGUCUCGAAGCAGACAAUGGAGGUUCCUUUGUUUGCAAUCCUUCAAAGGACACCACGAGUUGCAGUAACAUUAGCAUUUGGUCUGUUUCUCUUCACUAUAGUCCCUGCUCUAUAUUCUCUCCUCGCAAAUCCAAUCUUACCUCUAUCAAUCUCAUCAUCUGAAACUGAUCGUUCCUCUCCAGUCAACCAUAUGCAUUUCAGUCAUCUUAAUAUUUCAUCAACUCAACUUCAUUCACCCGUGAAUGGUCCCAUUCCCGCUCCAGCCGACCAUACGCCUUCACGACAUCGCAAAUCUUCUUUUCAUCGGAUUCCUACACCCGAGAAUGGUCCCAUUCCCUCUCCAACAAUUCAUACACCUUCAAGACAACGGAGUCCUUCAUCUGAUCAGAUUCUUUCACCUAAGAGUAGUCCGAUUACUGCUCCACCACAUUGGAUGUCUUCACCCGCUCAGAGUCCUUCACUUGUGAACGCUCCCAUUCCCGCUCCACUAAAUCAGACGUCUUUAAGACAUCAAAAUUCAUCAUCCGGUCAGAUUCCAUUAUCUGAUGAUCAUUCAUCCCCAGUCAAUAUAUCACCAUCAAGGAUGCGGAACAAAGAUAAUGAGCAAAGGUGUGAUCUUUUUACCGGGGAAUGGGUACCGAACGAAGAAGCUCCAUACUACACCAACACCACUUGUUGGGCGAUACAUGAGCACCAGAACUGCAUGAAGUACGGGAGACCAGACACUGGGUUCAUGAGAUGGAGGUGGAAGCCGGACGGAUGUGAUCUCCCCAUCAUUGAUCCUCGAGAGUUCUUGGAAAUGGUUAGAGGGAAAGCCAUGGGGUUUGUUGGUGAUUCCAUUAGCAGAAAUCAAGUCCAAUCUCUCUUGUGCCUUCUCUCUAGGGUGGAAUAUCCUGAAGAUAUUUCUCCUUCACCAAAUACAGAUUCUGAAGUAUGGAACUACACAUCAUAUAACUUCACUCUUCAUGCCAUGUGGUCACCAUUUCUAGUGAAGUCUACUAAACCUGACCCAACAGAUCCCAGGUCCAAGUUCUUCAGCCUAUACAUCGACGAGUAUGACACUGCGUGGACAAGUCAGCUCGACCAGCUCGACUACCUGGUUAUAUCAUCCGGCCACUGGUUUUACCGGCCGGUUAUUUUCUAUGAAAAUCGAAAAAUCUCUGGGUGCCAAUAUUGUGCGUUACCAAACACUACUGAAUUGCCUUUGGACUAUGGAUACAGGAAGGCUUUAAGAAUUUCUCUAAAAGCUAUACUCGAAAAUUUCAACGGUUUGGCAUUUUUAAGGAGUUUUUCUCCUCAACAUUUCGAAGGUGGGGCUUGGAACGAAGGAGGGGACUGUGUCAGGACACGACCUUACAGACGAAACGAGACUAUACCCGAAGGUCCAGAUCUCCAGGUUCAUGACAUUCAGCUGGAUGAAUUUAGAGCUGCAGAAGAAGAAGGGAGGAAGAAGAAGGGUUUGAGACUAAAGUUAAUGGACAUGACUAAGGCAAUGCUACUGCGACCAGAUGGGCAUCCUGGGAGAUAUGGCCAUCUACAGAAUGCGGGGGUGACUUUAAGAAAUGACUGUAUUCAUUGGUGCCUGCCUGGACCUAUCGAUACUUGGAAUGAUAUUUUGCUACAAAUGAUGAAGACAGAGAACUAGAAAGCAUCCCUCAAGAAUGA